CGCAGUGACGCGCUCCAGGUCCGUCAGUGUAGCGGUAGCUGACAGACAGCCUUCACGGACUAACAGCUGUCUGGACCAGCUGAGAAAUCUGACAGGAGUCCAAACGAUAUCAGAGGAAGCCUUCAGGAGAGUAGAAAAUAAAAAGAAGAGGAGGCAAAGCCAGGAGGGGAAGGUAGAUGAGUUAUUGCUUUUGUUCUCCUUCUAGGAGUCUGGGUGUUUAUGCUUCGCUGUUUACCGGACUAAGGUGGGAGCUCAUAUUUUUGUAAUUCUGUUUUCCUCCAUCGCGUUUCAUUGCAACUGCACUGCCCAGCAGCCAGGCUAGGCACCGUGGAGGAGCAGCCGCUUACUUGCAGCUCCAUCGCCGCUGCGCUCCUUCUUCCUCCAGCGGGUCGGCUCCAGGUGGAAGUGCGGAGAUGCGCUUUUUCAUACGAAAUGGACGUUUCUCUGGAAAAGGAUAAACUUGGAUGAGAUCUAGGAAACAAACUGGAAACUGCAUUGUUGAGCAGGAAUUUAUUGUUUGAAAAACAGUUAUAUAACGAAAGAGAAGAGGGGGUAAAAAGGGAGUCGCUCCAGGAGGAGAACCAAACCCCGCAGGUUACUUGAGCUGCUGCAGGCAUGGGGAGCAGGAGGGUCGCUGACACAUCCAACGCAUCCGAGGUGUCUGUGCAAAUAGACAAAAGGGAGGCAGAGGACGACUAAAGAGGCGGUGAUGGAGGGUGAAGGCAGCGGGGUUCAGUCCACCCAUCAGCCGUCUGCAGCCCUGUCAGCAGCCGCAGCAUGAGGUGGAUUGAGGGAGCUGACACAGAGGAGGUGGCCCUUAUUAUAACCUGAAGAAGACAGGACCCAGUGCCUGACCUUGUGUUUGUCGAAAGUGCCAAAGAAGAGAAGGGGAAAAGCGUCAUUGGUAAAAAGAAAAUUGGUGCCUUCUCCUUUCAAGCCAGAGCCCUUUCAACCUUACUUCACGCUACUCUUAGGGGCUCAACUGUCCCUUUGACUUCACCAGAAGCCUCCCCCAACCCAUCUGCCAGCACAGAUAACCGUCUGAUUGUUGGCACCCACAUGUUUGAGGUGACUCUCUGUGACCACCGCUGCCCAUUUUCGAGCAGAAGCAGUGACUUGCAAACCCAUUCUGCACCAUGCAGUGGAGACGGCGGCACUGUUGUCCUAUUAAGAUGACCUGGACCAUCAAACGUUCCCUCUUUCGGACCCAUGUGGCAGGUCUACUUUCUCUGGCUCUACUCUUCACAUUGCUUUUAUUUCUUAGCCACCAGGAAUGGCUGCCUGGGCGCAGUGGGCCUCGUGACACCCCUGUAACAUACACCAUCAGGGGUCUUCGGAGUCCCAAGGGGGAUGCCAACCAGAGCAGUUCUCUGAGGAGCCUGUGGAAGGAGACGGGGAAUGGAGCCCCAAAGCCUCUUCUCAACCUCAGCUCUCAACAAGCAGAGGGGACACCAGCUCAGCCAGGAGGAGGGGGUGAAGCUGGAGAAGGAUCUAGAACGAGUGUAAUGGGGCUUGGGGACUCAUUUAGCUCUAACAACAGUUUACAGAAGGAGAUGGAUGUAGGAGAGAAACUCAGUGCUCAACCCUUCCGCUACAUCUUGAAUGAGCCUUAUAAGUGCAGGGACAGUACCCCCUUCCUCAUAUUCCUUAUUGCUGCUGAGCCUAGACAGACAGAUGCACGUAAUGCCAUCCGGCAGACAUGGGGAAAUGAGACUGUAGCAGGGGGGGUUGGGUUUGUUCGACUUUUUCUUCUUGGCACAGGGAAGAGUUUAGAUGCUUUUCUUCAAAGUAGCAUUGAAGAAGAGAGCCGUGUUUACCAUGAUAUCAUCCAACAGGACUAUCAGGACACGUACUACAACCUAACCACCAAAACCUUGAUGGGGAUGAACUGGGUGGCAACCUAUUGCCCAAAAGUCUCCUAUGUGAUGAAGACAGACAGCGACAUGUUUGUCAAUACUGAGUAUCUUGUUCAAAAGCUGCUAAAACCUGAACUACCCCCCAAAAGGAGAUAUUUUACAGGAUAUUUAAUGAGGGGCUACGCACCAAACAGAAACAAGGAAAGCAAGUGGUACAUGCCGCCAGAGGUUUAUCCAAGCGAGCGCUACCCCAUAUUUUGCUCAGGCACAGGGUAUGUGUUCUCAGGGGACCUGGCCGAAUUGAUCUAUCAGGCCUCACUUAGCAUACGCAGACUGCACCUGGAGGACGUUUAUGUAGGAAUCUGCCUGGCAAAGUUACGCAUUGACCCAACACCCCCUCCCAAUGAGUUCCUCUUCAACCAUUGGCGCGUCUCUUAUUCCAGUUGUAAGUACAGCCACCUGAUAACGUCCCAUCAGUUCCACCCCAAAGAACUUAUGAAGAUAUGGAAUCACCUGCAGAGCAACAAGCACAACGCCUGUAUUAAUACUGCCAAGGAAAAGAACAGCAGACACAGAAAGUUCCAUGGACACAGAGCUCCAUGAAUUAUUCCUUGAUGACCGCCUGCCUCAGAAAAAAGGAUGUUGCUUGAAACAAGGAAAUAUUCAACUUGGCACUAAACACUAUAUAAGAAAAAAGCACAUUGUUUUUGGUAUUGUGUACAGCAACCUAUUUUUUUAUUUUUAAAGUAAUUACAAACCUUUCAAACUAUUUCCGAAAGGAAGAACUGGAAACAUGAUUGUUUGAUGCACAGAGAAAGCUGCAGCUCAAAAUCUGGGUUUAGGACAAUUCAGGUGCUAACAGAUUGGUGGAAAUUGAUGCUCUUAAUGAUAGUGCAGUACAUCAGAGUCUACAAUGUUUAAAGAGAGUGGUUAAAAAAAAAACACCACUUUGUUUACACAGACAAAGGGAAAUGUACGUUUAUUUUGAAAAGUUACACUACCUAAAUAUAAAUUAAUGAAUGAUCUAAAUCUUUAACAUGACCAGUUAUGCUGCCCUGUUUUUUGCUGUUUAAAUUACAGAUCUAUCAAAAGACACCUCUAAUAGUGGGUUUCUUCUCAUCCAAUGUAUUUUAUUUUUGAAAGGUUUCACAUAAAGCAACCACAAUCACAUCAGAGAUGACUGAGAUUGUAUUUUCUAAAGCUUUACAUUGAGUAUAACUCUGCACUUAAGUAAAUGUGCAAUGACUCAUUUGAAAAAAAUAAAUAAAUGUACUGAAUUCA